AUGUAUGUAUGUAUAUAAGGUGAUAAUUCAGUCCAUUGCUACAAAUUACUAUAAAAUUACAUUGGAAUCAAGCGUUAGGAUAAAGCAUCUGUGAAAGAUUGUGACAAAUGCAUUGAUAUUGGUAGGAAUAAAUUCAAAAGUUGUGUUGAGAUCGUCAUUGUUAUCUCGUCGACAGCAAGUUUGACAUAUUGCACUUCAGGACUCUCAUUCAUACAUUCCGACUACUUUGGCACGACAUUCAUGUUUUGCACAUGCAUCAACAGUAUUAUUAUCUGCUAAAGACGCUAUACAAAACAGAUAAAACUUUCUUUUAUACAAGUCUGUGAAAUAUUUCUCCUGAAUUGAGAUUUGCAACACUAUUUCUCUACUUCACUGAAUAUCUCCAAAAUAAUUUUCAUUCUUCAUAUAUACAUGGAUAAAUUUACCCUGAUGAUGUAACUGGCUUCUCUGGAAAACAUUUUAUACGUGGAUAUGUCAUGACAAAAAGUUUUCCUUUAGUUUUUGCCCCAUGUUACAAAGAAGGAUUCUGUCACACUAUGCUUUCUCACAAUAAUUAAAUUUGAAAUGAUGAUAUCUGAAUAAAAUUCAUCAUGUAGGUAACUGUUUGCAGCAUAUUCAAAUAAGAUAACAGUUUAAGGCAAUAUAGUUGAAGAAAUAUUUGUUAGGCAUCAAAUAUAAAGACAACAGAAGCAAAAGUAUUCAUAUAUUGUAUGAAAGAAAGAAAUGAUGGAAAACGAGCUGUGUGAGGAGACCCUGGUUAAAUACAAAACACAAUACAAAAGGAUUGGUUUUCCCUAUGAGAUACUGAAACAGAUAGGAAAAGCAUCAUACUACUGUGAUAUCUGUAAAAAGUCUUUCUCUAAAAAGAGUAACUUAACCAGACACAAACGUAUUCAUACAGGUGAGAAACCAUAUCACUGUGAUAUCUGUGGAAAAUCAUUCUCUCAAAGUACUGUCUUAAAAACUCACCAAAGUAUUCAUACAAGAGAUAAACCAUACCAAUGUGAUAUCUGCGGUAAAUCAUUCUUUCGAAGGAGUUCGUUCAAUUCUCACAAACACGUUCAUACAGGAGAGAAAUCGAGUCGCAGUGAUAUCAGUGCAAAAUCAUUCUCUACAACAGUUAACUCGACUUCUCGCAAACGCAUCCAUACAGGCGAGAGGCCGUUUCACUGUGAUAUUUGUGGUAAAUCAUUCGCUAUAGAACGUCAUUUAACUAUUCACAUGCGUAUUCAUACAGGAGAGAAACCAUAUCACUGCGAGAUUUGUGGUAGAUCAUUCUCUCAAGCAAAUCACUUGACCACUCAUGUACGAAUUCAUACUGGUGAGAAACCAUAUCACUGUGAUAUCUGUGGUAAAUCAUUCUCUGUAACAUGUAGCUUAACUAAACACAAACGCAUUCAUACAGGAGAGAAGCCAUAUCAUUGUGAUAUCUGUGGUAAAUCAUUCUCUAUAGAUAGUCACUUAACUAUUCACAAACGCAUUCAUACAGGAGAGAAACCAUAUCACUGUGAGAUCUGUGGUAGAUCAUUCUCUCAAACAAGUCACUUAACUACCCACAUACGUAUUCAUACGGGAGAGAAGCCAUAUCGCUGUGAUAUCUGUGGUAAAUCAUUCUCUGUAACAUGUAGCUUAACUAAACACAAACGCAUUCAUACAGGAGAGAAACCAUAUCACUGUGAUAUCUGUGGUAAAUCAUUCUCUAUAGACAGUCACUUAACCACUCACAAACGCAUUCAUACAGGAGAGAAACCAUAUCUUUGUGAUGUCUGUGGUAAAUCAUUCUCUCGCAGAAGUUAUUUGACAUCCCACAAACUUAUUCAUUCAGGAGAUAAACCAUAUCACUGUGAUAUCUGUGACAAAUCAUUCUCUAAAAAUGGUGACUUAACUACUCACAAGCAUAUUCAUACAAGAGGCAAAUCAUAUUGCUGUGAUAUCUGUGGUAAAUCAUUUUUCCGAAAGAAUUCCCUCACUUUUCACAAAUGUAUCCAUUUAGUAGACAGACCUUAUAACAUUAAUAUUUAUGGUAAAUCAUUCUCUACAAUAGUUCACUUACCUUCUUACAAACGAAUUCAUACAGGAGAGAAGAUAUUUCGCUGCGAUAAAUCAUUCCCUUUAGAUAGUCACUUAACAACUCAAAAACGUCUUCAUACAGGAAAAAAAUCAUAUCACUGUGAGAUAUGCGGUAAAUCAUUCUCUCAAACAAAUCACCUAACUACUCAUAUACGUGUUCAUACAGGAGAGAAGCCAUAUGACUGUGAUAUCUGUGGUAAAUCAUUCUCCGUAGUAUAUAGCUUGACUAAACACAAACGCAUUCAUGCAGGGAAGCUAUACCUUUGUGAUCUCUCUGCUAAAUCAGUCUCUCAAAAAAGUUACCUGCCUUCUAACAAACACAUUCAUACACCGGAUAAGUCACAUUGGUGUGACAUUUGUGCAGCAUCAUUCUCUCAGAAUCAUGAUUUAGCAACUCACAAAUGUCUUCAUACAGGAGAUAAACCAUAUCACUAUGAUAAAUCACUUUCAAAAAGGAUUCCUUCACUUCCAAUAAACACAUGCAUACAGGAGAGAACUCCCGUCACAGUGGUAAAUUAUUAAUUACAACUGUUCGCUCAACUUCUCGUAAACGCAUUCAUGCAAGGGAUAGACCAUUUCACUGUGAGAUCUGUGAUAAGUCGUUUUCUGUUGAAAGUCACUUAACUAUUCACAGGCGAAUCCAUACAGGAGAGAAACCAUAUCACUGCGAGAUCUGUGGGAAAUCUUUCUCUCAGACAAAUCAUUUGACUACCCACAUACGUAUUCAUACAGGAGAAAAACCAUAUCAUUGUGAUGUUUGUGGUAAAUCAUUCUCUGUAACAUGUAGCUUAACUAAACACAAACGCAUUCAUACAGGAGAGAA